AUUAAAUAUUUUCCCGCCAGAAUGACCAGAUGAUCCAACACCUUGGCCUGGUGGAGGACGAUUUACAGAAUUUAUUCAAUAACACGAGUGAUUUUUUUUGUACUUGUGACCCAAUUGUGCGCAAUAUUAAAUCGAAAUGCCGUUGCAACUGAAACCCAUGAGGUAUGCUCAUCCGGAGGGUCAUACGUCUGUUUGUUACUUCGCUGGAGAUAAGGGUGGAUUAAUAACCUGUGGAGCAGACGGCGACGUUCGAUCAUGGCUAGACCUGAUGGACGACGACCCCUCCGACAGCUGUAUAGCAGAACAAGCAACCUGCUGCAUCUCCAAAUCCUCAAAUAUCUACGUAGGAAAUGACAACAACACAGUCCAAAUCCUCAACUACCCUGACCUCGAAAAAUCCGGGAUAGUGACCCGUUUUUCCUCUACAGUCUCCUGCCUGGCCACGAACCAGUCCAGCAACCUGUUAGUUUCUGGUGGCUGUGACAUGCGUAUCCAGAUAACAAACUUGGACACCUCCACCACCACCGAACUGCACGGUCAUGAGGCCCCAAUCCUAGAUGUCACACUCGACCCGAAGGAAGAGUUCGUCGCCUCCUCCAGUGGGGACGGUACUCUCCGUAUCUGGAGCAUCCAGGAGAAAAAAGCCAUUCACACACUCAACGUAGUUCCAAAAUGCAAUUCAUUCUUCACAGCUAAAGUUCAUUCAUCCCCCUCGUUCGAUCCAAAAGACGGGAAGUAUUUGGCCUACCCCCAGGGGUCUGAAGUAGUUGUCAUUGAAAGGGGUACCUGGAAGGAGCUAUUCAGGUUGUCCUCUCCCAACUUGAAACAAGACAUCAACAUCUGCAAAUUUUCGGAAUGUGGAACAAGAUUGGCAGCUUCUUCGGUGACAGGAGAAAUUGUUGUAUGGGAUGUGGUGAGCCAUAAGGAAAUUGGGAGCGUCGAGCACUACCAGAAAUCCAAGAUAACCUGUCUCGUAUGGCACCUUAAGACUCCAACAGAGCUAGCCUUUUGUGACAGUCUAGGUCAGCUAGGAUCUAUCGACGUUUCGUCAGUCGAGGAUUCUCUUAAUGACUCAUCAGAGCUCUUAACGAAUGGUCAAGCAGUCGACGAAGAUGCCCAUAUUGACCUCGGAGAUGAUGAAGACGACGAGAACGUCAUCUCCUUAAAUAAAUUGAAGGCUUCAGUCCUUGGCGAUGAUGCCGCUAGUCACUCAGACUUGGCGUCAGUUCAUGGGGACAAGCAGGUGCUGCCUGAGGUUCAUUUGCAGGACGCUUUUCAACCAGGAUCGACUCCAGUUCACUUGCUAUCUAGAUUCAUGAUGUGGAACGACGUGGGAAUCGUCAGGUGUUACAAGAGUGAAGAUGAUGAAGACUCCACGAUUGAGGUUGAGUUCCAUGACAGUUCUAUCCACCAUGGCAUGCACAUGAAUAAUUAUCUUCGUCAUACCAUGGCAGCACUCUCCACUGAAGCACUUGCUCUCAGUUGUCCCUCGUCAGAUGGAGAUCCUAGUAAAUUAGUGGUGAUAAUGCUGCAAGCCUGGGGAAGUGGUAACAAAGAAUGGAGUAUCGACCUUCCUGGAGACGAAGAGGUACAAGCUGUGGCGGCUGGCAACAAUUUCAUAGUUUUAGCAACAUCCAAGAGACAUCUGAGAAUCUUCAUGAUCUCUGGAGUGCAGAGGGAAAUUGUAGCCAUCCCUGGUUCUGUUGUCGCCAUGAAUGCAUUAGGAAAUCAACUUGUGGUAGCGUACCACUCGGGGGUCGGAUUGUCUAACGACCAGGUGAUGAGUCUCAUGUGGCUGCAGAUUCGCGGAGGUUUGGUCAAGUCCCAGACGAUUAGUCUCCCUCUCUCUUCCCAGAAUGAACUCAUGUGGCUAGGACUGACUGAUCGGGCAUCACCAGCUGUUAUGGAUACUGACGGAGUCAUCAGAAUCUAUAGCAAGCAGUCAGGUCUCUGGAGGGUUGCUAUCGAUACUGGGAAUCAGCCCAAGGGGAAGAUGGAUCAGUAUUUUAUUGUCGGAAUCAGCGAGAAGGAGAGCUGCAUCAGGUGUGUCUUAUGCAAGGGAAGUCAUUACCCUGCUACCACACCCAGACCAACUGUUGUUGAAAUUCUCUUCGAUACUCCGUUGUGUGAGGGUGAGGCAGACAGAACGAGGAAGGAAGCUGCCAUCUGGAGAAUUGGGACAUCUCCAGAGGACGAGGAUACCGCCUUGUUCACGCUUAUUGGCUAUUUCUGCAAUAAUAAACUCGAGCAUUGUGUUGUUGAUCUGUGUCAGAACGUCGCUAAACAGAGCUUAAUUGAGUUGGCUAUUAAGUAUGCCAGGAAGACUGAUCGAAUAGCUUUGGCGAAAAAAUUACAGACCAUUGCGGAGGCACGCAUGGGUGAGAGGGAGGCAGAGGUGGAGAGAAGAGAGGAGGAUAUCGUGUCGCAGGAUAUGUUCGAGGGAAUGGAGGAGGAGAAGGGAGAGGAAAACAUAGAGGAGGAGCUGCUCUUGACACCAACUGGAAAUAGGAAACCUGAGACGAUUGAAAUAAAACCACUAAGUCUUAGUUUCAAGAGGGGAAAUCCAUUCUUGAAAAAACAGACGACUGCCUCACCUAAUGCACUCGAUGGAUUAAAUACACUUCCUGAUAAGCCUCAGAAGAAAGCUCCAAGUAUAUCCGUCACAAAACCAAAAGCAAAACCAAAAAUGCUGGCUGAGAAGAAGCCAAGUUUUGUCACUUGGUUCGAUAAGAAAAAGCAAGAAUUGCAGGAGGAAUUCCCAGAGGUAGCACCACGCGAUCUAACAAAAAUUGGAUUGGAGAGGUACAAGGCAGAGUCUGAUUCACAGGACCUUGAGACGAAGAAAAGAAAAUUGUCAGGCUCAGAGACGCAAGACGGUGAGGCAAAGAGGCCUGCGAGUAAAUUACUAGACUUUGCGUUCACGAAGGAGUAAGAAAAAUAAUUCAAACAACUUAUUCAGUGCUAGUUUCAUAAAAACAAAAUUUCUUCGUUGAACGAAUUUUUGAUACUUCUAAUAUAUAUUCCAUUUUUGUAACUUGUGAUACUAAAUAAAUUUUCAUAGGAAAACUAACAAGCUUUUCUGCAAAAUGUAAUUUGAAUGCCGCUC